GUCAAAUAUACCAAAAGAGCCAGGCAUGAUUGGGGAUUGUAGCUUUUUAAUAGUGGGAGUCAAUGGAGAACGGAAUGGGAGCUCAAGUUUCAUCAUCGGCAUCUGGAGAACUACGUCGUGUGGGGCUGGUCUAUGAUGAACGGAUGUGUAAGCAUUCGACACCUACAGGCGAACCUCAUCCCGAAAACCCCGAUCGUAUUCGUGCUAUUUGGAACAAACUCAUGUCCGCUAAAAUUCCUCAGAGAUGUGUGGUCUUUGAUGCAAAAGAAGUAGAAGAUAAAUACAUAGCAGCAGUUCACACCAGUAAUCACAUCAAUUUGAUCAAGACUAUAAGCUCUAAGAAAUUGGCCUCACAAAGAGACAGGAUUGCUGCAAAACUCAAUUCAAUAUAUUUCAAUGAAGGUUCAUCAGAAUCUGCUUAUCUUGCUGCUGGCUCUGUGCUUGAUGUUGCUGCAAAAGUUGCAAAAGGGGAACUAAACUCUGCAUUUGCCAUUGUUAGACCUCCUGGACACCAUGCAGAAGAAACUGAACCAAUGGGAUUCUGUUUAUUCAACAACAUUGCAAUUGCAACAAGCUUUCUCCUUAACCAAAAAGAAUUAGGUAUCAACAAGAUUUUAAUUGUUGAUUGGGAUGUUCAUCAUGGAAAUGGUACUCAAAAGACCUUCUAUAAGGACUCCCAAGUGUUGUUCUUCUCUGUACACAGGGAUGAGUAUGGGACUUUUUAUCCCUGUGGUGAUGAUGGAUCAUAUGACAUGAAGGGUGAGGGAGAAGGUGAAGGGUAUAAUAUAAAUGUUCCAUGGGAGAAUGGAAAAUGUGGUGAUGCAGAUUAUAUUGCAGCAUGGGACCAUAUAUUGAUCCCUGUUGCAAGAGAAUUUAAACCUGAUAUAAGUCUAGUUUCAGCAGGAUUUGAUGCAGCUAUUGGUGAUCCUCUUGGAGGCUGUCGUAUCACACCACAUGGUUUUGCUAUAUUGUUGAAGAAGUUGAUGGAGUUUAGCAAUGGAAAGAUAGUUAUGGCAUUGGAAGGAGGAUACAAUCUCAACUCUAUAGCAAAUUCAGUACUUUCUUGUGUACAAGUUUUGUUAGAAGACAAACAAAUUGUUGAACCCUCUGAGAUUUAUCCAUUUGAAUCCACUUGGAGAGUAAUCAAAGAGGUUCGCGAGGAAUUGAGUGCAUAUUGGCCGAUACUUGCAGAGAAGUUACCUGAGAAGUUAACCAGUAAAGUAACACCUCUAGUUAAGACAUACAGCUCAGAGUACGAAGAUGAAAAUGAUGAUGAUGAUGUUACAAUACCCCUUUCUAAACUCAAAGUUAGUGAUGAUGAUGAUGCUCAUGAUAAAGUUGAAGAUUGGAGAUCUGAGCUGUCGAAAGUUGAUGUUUGGUAUGCCUCUUUUGGAUCAAACAUGAGUGAGUCAAGAUUCCGAUGUUAUAUACAAGGUGGCCAGGUGGAAGGCAUGAGAAGACCAUGUAAAGGAGCUGUUGACAAAAGUCAACCAAAGGAGGUGUUAUGGAAGACUGUUCCUCAUCGUUUAUUCUUUGGUCGAGAGUCUACAGUUACGUGGGGUCCCGGAGGUGUUGCUUUCCUUAAUCCUCAAACCAACAAUCACGACAAAACCUUUAUGUGCCUUUAUAGGAUCACUCUUGAGCAGUUCAACGAUGUUUUGCUUCAGGAGAAUGUCUCUAGUGACACCACUUCUCCUUUCUUCGAUCUGAACGCUUUAAACUCCAUUGAAAACAAAACCAACAUUUCUUUGAAAGCUCUCAAGGAUGGUUGGUAUCAUAAUGUUGUCUACUUGGGAAAAGAAAAGGGUGUUCCAAUUCUGACAAUGACGUGUAGAGUUGAUCAAGUUGAGGGGUUUAAAUCUGGGAAGAUACCAUUGCGUCCACCAGCUAAAGAAUAUGCGGAUACUUUGAUUAGAGGGCUUGUAAUGGGAAAGCAGUUAUCAGAAGAUGAAGCUAUUGCUUACAUAAAUGAAGCAUCUACUAAACCUUUAUGACUUCACUCCAAUCCAACCGAAAGCAUCAUAUUAAGUAAAUUUCUAGGAAGUAGUGUUGUUUUUCACCUACGAAACUGAUGAUAAUUGAUAUUGUGAAUUUGUGAUGA